AUGGGACUGCGACCUUGAUUCUGGAUAAAAGAUUUAUUUUUUUUAAUCUUCUAUUACUGUUUCAAAUCCCCAUUUUUAACUAGGGUUGGAGUUGGGGAUCAGAUCUGUGGGUUUUAGGAGAAUGCCAUUGACAUUGCUUCAGGUGAGGCAUUUUUAGGGUUGCACAGAUGAGAGGAGUCUAAUAGAGUUGGAUAGAUGGGCGAUGAACUCAGCGUUCCUCUUGGUUGAGAGUUUCGGAUGUCUGCUACUGGACUCGGAAACCAAGCUGCAAAGUUUUUUCCUACUUAGCCUGUUUCUUUUGGUUUUCUGUAGAUUUGUCGAUUUCGUUAGCAAUUUAAGAAGAUAGGCUUAACAUCGACCAAGACACUCUAAAAUCAAGGUGGUGGCUGAGGGAUUCUUGGUUUCUACUUGAUUCUGUUUGAGAGUUUUUGUUUUGAGCUUUCUUUGCUUAGGAUGUACAAGAUGGCAUGCAUGAAACUGGGAUCAAAACUCGAUGCCUUCCACCAACAAGGGCAAGCUUGGUUUUGCACAACAGGACUUCCUAGUGAUGUUAUUGUCGAAGUUGAAGAAAUGACCUUCCAUCUCCACAAGUUUCCUUUGUUAUCAAAAAGUAGCCUUUUGGAAAGGUUAAUUAAGAACUCUGAUGAAAAAGAUAUUGUGACAAGACAGGCUGAUGUUCCUGGUGGUGCACAAGCAUUUGAACUUGUGGCUAAGUUAAACAUUAAAUUCUUACUUAUGGUUAUUGAAGUUGGUGUUGAGUACGUUGACUUCAUGUGGAUCCUACUCUGUGUUGUGUACUAUGAAGAAGAGUGUACUGUAAUCAUGUGUGAACUGUGGACAUUGUAGAUUCCAGAGUUAAAGUCAUCAGCCUGCAUUAACUUUAGCGUCCUCACCUUUUCUUGCACCUGACCUUUCAUAAGACUUCAACUCCUAGUGUGUUUAACAUUUGCAUUCCAGAUUCAUUAAAUUUCAUGCGCAGCAAGCUAAGAUUCUUUACCAUAAAUAAAUUCUUAGAUUUAUUAUUUUUAGAAUGUUUAGGUUCUGUGAACUGUUGUGAUAAUGGAAUAUGUUGUCUACUUGUUUAUUUCUUCACUUUGAUUAUCAUUGGUCAUUGAUUUAAUCUGUAUUUUAGUUGAAAUAUAAUUCGACUUCAACUCUUAAGGAUUUUACACUGACUAUAUUUUACUUGGUUCUUCUCCAUACGAAAAUCAAUUGACCAGUUAUUAUACAAAUCAAGAAUGUAAAAUUCCUCAAAUUUGUUCUAUUUUAAUUGAAAUCUCAUUGCUUCCCAAAGAUGACAGUGAUCCAAUGAUUCUUUGCUAGGUUUGAUAUGAAAGAAGAAAUUGCAUAUUUGGUAUCCACACUUCUACUUUUUGUGCGAGGGCUUUUACAUUGUUUGUCUUUAGGUCUCCCUAAUAGUUGCAACUCAGGGUUUGAUGUUGUUUCUCCAUGUCAAAAUAUAUUAAUUGGCUGUUAUAUGAAACAUGUCUAUUUUUUCCUCUAAUUAUUUCUAUUUUAACUAAUAUCUUACUCAUUUUUAAAGUACAUGAUGAUUUGUUGUUGACUUGCGUACCAAAGAAGAGAAGUUUAUUUACUAUGUGUAGUUCUUGUUUGUGUGAACUCUUAAUCAUUUUCUAUUU